CACCUCCUCCGUCCCUCCUACACCCUCCAUCGCAUCCUACGGUAUCUGCAAAAAAUCUAUCGGUACCCUUACUCCUAGUCCAUCCUUAACAGAGAUUUCCAAUCAUGACUCACGGCAUCGACACCAAAAGCACUUCUCCACCCCCCCAAUACCCCCAACCAACCUUCCAACCCCCCCCACCUAAUCAAGAAUACUACCCACCGCCGCAGGGUGCUUACAAUCAACAACCACCACCACCACAACAGUACAACCAGCCGUAUCCCCCGCCACAGCAGCCCAUGGUCUACCAGAUGCCACCGGGCAAUGGAAAGGUUAGCUCCGGAGGAACCGCGACGGGUGGAAUCUUGGCCGGUCUCUGCGCUGCGAUGGCCUGUUGUUGCUGCUUGGAUUGUAUUUUUUAGAAGGGGUGAAAAUAGGGGUGAAUUUUCCUUUUUCUCUCGUCUCUUUCUUUUUUCUGCUGCUCUUGACCUUGUUUUUCACGGACGGGGUGUCACGGAUGGGAGCACGGGGCGAAUGGUGGGUCAUUUUUCGCUUCGUGGGAGUGUACCGGUACCUUGCGACUGCUACUUUCUCGUUUAUCUCCUUUAUAGUAUUUCUAAUGUCAUUCGCCUGAUAUUUAACUUCACCUUUCUCUACA